UUUAACUUUAUUCUACAGGAAAAAGCGUAUAAAGAAUUAUUGGAAAUUUAUGGCACGGAAACUCCGAAGUUUGCACCAGUUAAAUACGAGGAUUUACAACAUAUGCAUUACUUGGAUUGUAUUAUUAAGGAAACUUUAAGACUUUUCCCUAUUGUCCCUAUGAUUGGACGAAAACUGACAGAAGACUUAAAAAUGGGAGAAUUUGUUUUACCGAAAGGUGCAGAUGUUAUUAUAUCACUUAUGGGAAUGCAUCGGAAUGAAAAAUAUUGGCCGAAUCCAUUGAUGUUUAAUCCGGAUAGAUUUCUUCAAGAAAAAACAAAUUGUGUACCAUAUUAUUACAUACCUUUUAGUGACGGACCAAGAAAUUGUAUAGGUUUGAAAUAUGCAAUGAUGUCUAUGAAAGUUAUUUUAGCAACGCUGAUAAGAACGUUCGUAUUUAAAUUAAAUCAAAGCAUUGAGAUAGAGAAAAUCAAAUUAAUUUCGGACAUACUAUUAUCUAUAGAUGAACCUAUAAAUAUUAGAAUUGAA